AUGAAAGGAUUGCUGCUGACGUCACUGCUGAUCUGCACGAGCGCGCGCAUCACCUCCGCGAUCUACUGGCUGGGUCUCACGGUGAACGGCAGCUCAGUAGGGUGGAAUGAGACACAGCACUGCCGCUUGCUCCAUGCGCUGGUUCCGGAUCAGCAUCAGUUGUGCAGGAGGAACCUGGAGCUGAUGCGCAGUGUGGUACGAGCUGCUGAACUCAGUAAAUCAGCCUGCAGACACGCUUUCAGGGACAUGCGCUGGAACUGUUCCUCUGUAGAGCACGCACCUCACUUCGGCCCUGACCUCGCCAAGGGUACACGUGAGUCUGCGUUCGUCUUCUCUCUGUCUGCGGCUGUUCUCAGUCACACCAUCUCUCGCGCCUGUUCUUCAGGUGAGUUGCCGAGUUGUUCAUGUGCAGCGGCUCCGGCUGAACAGGCCUCUCCGGAUUUCCGCUGGGGCGGAUGUGGGGAUAACGUACGCUUUGGCCUGCAGAUGGGCGCCGCCUUCUCUGACGCUGCCGUAAACAGCAGACGUUCUGCCUCCCCUGCUGUCCGUCUAAUGCACCUGCACAACAACGCUGUCGGCCGACAGGCUCUGAUGGACACGUUGGAGACGAAGUGUAAGUGUCAUGGUGUCUCAGGCUCGUGUUCGGUGAAGACGUGCUGGAAGUCCCUCCUGGAUGUGGGUCACGUCUCAGUUCAACUCAAAGCUCGUUAUCUUUCGGCCACCAAAGUGGCAUCACGUCAGGUGGGAACACGCCGCCAUCUAGUUCCCCGGGACAUGGAAGUGAGACCGGUUCUGGAGAGUGAGCUCGUUUACCUGAUCAGCUCACCUGAUUACUGCACAUCCAACGCCAAACACGGCUCAUACGGGACCACGGACAGGCAGUGUAAUAAGACGGCAAGUGGGAGUGGCAGUUGUAAUCUGAUGUGUUGUGGGCGGGGCUACAACACCUACACUGAACAGGUAGUGGAGCGAUGCCACUGCAGGUAUCACUGGUGCUGCUAUGUCACCUGUAAGAAGUGCACACACGCCGUCAAGAGACACGUCUGCAAGUGA